AUUUCUAUAUUACGGAAUUUGGUCGUUGCUUGUAGUUUUAAAAAUGAAAAAGACGUGCUACUUGAUCUUUUUUAUCUAAAGAGAUUCAUUUCUAUGCUACAUGAAUCAGUAUUAUGUAAAAAAAUUUACAAUUUUUUCUAUAGGUAAACCUGAAUCUGAAUUAUCAAUUCACAAAAAUUAGUACAUAAAAAACAGGUCGGGUGUGAACAAGUCAGAAAAUCCUAACUAGAUAAACGAAUUGUAUAAAAAAAAAUUAUUUCUUCUGUAUUGAGAAUAUAUCUAAUCUCACGACUUUUUCUGCCAAAGACUCGUACUACAAAACAGUAAUCGUGCUUUUUCCCCCUCUUAUCUAUCACUCACAAUAAAUAAAAAAUUAGAACAAAAAACAUAAAAAGAAGAGAUCAAACAUACCUUUUACGAAAAAUGUGGAGCGAAUAAAAGUAAGAGCGAGCUUUAAGCACUCCAUUUUGCACACUAACCACAUACUUUCUACAAUUAUUUAUCAUAAUGAGCCUUUACUCAUCAAUCUUUUUGCUACUAUCAUCUUUGUAAUGGCAUUCCUAAGAUUAGGCUCCAAACCUGAAUGCUUUCAUCGUGAAGGACUCAAUUGGUUUUGCUCAAGUGGGCUCUCGAGUGAUGUCGCCAUUGAAGUUCAAGAUAUGUGCUUUAAUCUUCACAAGUUUCCAUUGAUUUCAAGAAGUGGUUUGUUAAGCAAGCUCAUCGAACAACUCCCCUUCGAGGAUGGAUCCGUCUGCGCAUUAAAGCUCCCCGAUCUUCCAGGCGGUGCCAAGGCUUUUGAGCUCGCCAUGAAAUUCUGCUAUGGAGUCAAAUUCGAGCUAACAGCUCUCAACAUUGUCAGCCUGAGAUGCGCGGCGGAGUACCUUCAGAUGACUGAAGAUUUCGGGGAGAAGAAUCUGAUUCUGCAAACCGAUCAGUUCCUGAAAGAGGUUUUUACCGAUUGGACCGAUUCACUCAGGGCUCUGAAAACCUGUCAGGAAGUUCUCCGUCCGGCGGAAGAUCUCUACAUCGUCUCCCGAUGCAUCGAUUCAUUGGCAACCAAAGCAUGUUGUUCUAGUAUUACAGAUUCGAUUACCCAUCUACCUCAAUCCACACCGGCGAUUGAAAUCUCCGACGAGAACGUAGUCGCCUGGAACGGGAUUUCAUCGGCGGCGGCGCAAAAAACAGAGCAGCUGCAGGGGUGGUGGUUUGAUGACGUCUCGUUCCUCAAUUUGCAUCUCUACAAGCGGCUGAUAAUGGCGGUUGAAUCCAAGGGGAUGAACCCAGAGAUGAUUUCCGGUUCUGUGAUGUAUUACGCCCGAAAGUAUCUACCUUUGAUGACGAGCCAGCAGCUCCGGCCAGGUGCUACUCCGGUCAUAUCAAAUUUGCUUCCUUCUGAAGAAGAUCAAAGGUUGUACCUUGAAGAGCUUGUCACACUUCUGCCCACCAAAAAGGGAGUGACUCCAACCAGCUUCUUGCUCUCCAUUCUCCGAGCCGCCAUUUUCCUACAAGCAAGCUCGUAUUGCAGGGAGAAUUUGGAGAGGAGAGUCGGAGUUCAGCUUGACCAAGCUGCUCUGCAGGAUCUCCUGAUACCAAACAUGGGCUACUCUGUUUCCGAGACGCUUUACGACGUGGAUUGCAUCCAGAGAAUCGUCGAUUACUUCCUGAUCACGUCACAAGAGGCUAAUUUGUCAGCUUCCAUGGUCGAAGAGGGGGCAGAGUUCAUGGUGGAGAGGGAGGCGUUAACUUCGAUGACGAUUGUAGCGAGUCUGAUUGAUGGGUUUCUUUCGGAAAUCGCUCCUGAUGUGAACAUGAAGCUGUCGAAAUUCGAGACGCUUGCAGCGACGAUUCCUGAUUAUGCUAGACCAGUGGAUGAUGGGCUUUACCAUGCGAUUGAUGUGUACUUGAAAGCUCAUCCAUGGAUGACAGAGUUGGAAAAGGAACAGCUGUGUAGACUGAUGAAUUGUCAGAAGCUUUCUCUGGAAGCAAGCACUCACGCUGCUCAGAAUGAGCGGUUGCCUCUCAGGGUUGUGAUUCAGGUUCUGUUCUUUGAGCAAUUGAGGCUCAGGACUACUGUCUCAGGGUGGUUCUUUGUGUCUGAUAAUCUAGACAAUCCUCACCACCACCUCAUCGGUGAUAUUAACAACGGUAAUGUAAUCGAUCGAAUCGAGGAUGAGAUUCACCUCGCGGUACCUGAGGAUGAUGAGAUGAAGGAGAGAGUGUCGGAGCUCGAGAAGGAGUGCUUGGACAUGAAGGAGGAUAUUGAGAAGUUGGUGAAGAAGAAGAAGAGUUGGGGGAUUUUUUCCAGGAGCAUUCGUUUGAAGCAGAAGUUGCAGUCGUGUAACUCCGAAAAGUCCUGCGAGUUCAAAGAACCAGCACCGCUUUCGACACUCACAGCUUCCAUUGAUGAACAACAAGAGAGUAGUAAUGACAUUGCAGAGGUUGCUCCUCCCCAGGGUUUUAAGUUCCAUUGACCCCAAGAAAAAAAAAAAAAAAGAUUCUGUUCCAAUCUCUUGUGUAUGGUUGUUUAUAGAAAGCUUAGAUUGUUACAAACAGAGAAAAUGAAUGUUGGCCAAACCAUUAAAUUUCAAAUUUCUCUACCAUUUGUCAACAAUAUUCCUUUCUUGUGGAUCUUAUUAGCAUUGAGAAGAAAACAAUGAAAUGAAAGUGGGAAACGCAA